UGCUUGCCUGAUCUCCCCACCUCCCUUCUUUCCAGCCCGAGACUUUUUGUGGAUUCUCAUCUCUUCCAUCCGUCCCCUGCUCUGCGACUUUCUUGCUACCUGUGGAGGUUCUCCUGGUUCUCCCGCUCCUCUGGUUCCUUUUCAGCCAGCCGUCUCGCAGAGUGCAGCCCGCAGAGGAGAGGCACCAUGCUGGGAGUGGACGCGUGUGAGUUUGGGGGUCAGGUGCUGGAGCUGCUGUGGCUGACAGUGUGCUAUGGAGGUCUGAUGACUGACAAGAACAACUUACCCAUCGAGGAGGAAGAGGACGAGCAUAAUCUUAACUACAAUCCUCCGGCUCGGAAGUCCCUGCAAGAGAUUCAGGAACUGGACAAAGAUGAUGAGAGUCUGGUGAAGUACAAGCAGACUCUGUUGGGACCAGAAACAAUAAUGGCAGAUUUGUCUGGGCCGAACGUAAGAGUGACCAGGCUGACCCUGCUCUGCGACGACGCGCCCGACUCCAUCACUAUGGACCUGACAGGAGACCUGAACGCCCUGAAGGAGAAGAACUUCUCCCUGCAGGAAGGAGCCAAGUACAGAUUAAAAAUCCACUUCCAGGUGAAGAGAGAAAUUGUUUCUGGGCUGAAGUAUCGCCACGUGACCUACAGAAAAGGAGUGAGAAUGAGCAAAGCGGUGUGCAUGGUGGGGAGCUACGGCCCGCGGGCGGAGGAGCAGGAGUUCCUGUGCCCUCUGGACGAGACGCCCAAAGGCAUGAUGUCUCGCGGCCAGUACCAGAUCAAGUCCUGCUUCGUCGACGACGACAAGAACGUUUACCUAUCCUGGGAGUGGAACCUCAACGUCAACAAGGACUUGAACUAAGAGGAAGACGACGUUUCUCUAUUUCCUUCUUUCGCCUAUUCUCCAUCUGUUCAUUUCCUGUUUUCCUCCCCUUUGUUCUUCCUCACCUUCCUCCUCCUCUUCUCCGUUUUCUCCUCCCUAUCUUUUAAUGCACUGAAUGAAGGCCUCCCAUGAGUGACGGAGACUGGUAGAAGAGAGCCUCGCCUCUCUCUGCCUUUUGUCUCCAAAUGAUCCGUUCUAUUACGCUCUCUCAUCGCGCUGUGCAGAAACUAAAGAGUGUGUGAGCAAAGCAAAAAUACGAAAUGAAAUACGCACAUCUCCAAGCUGCUGUGGCCUGAGAGAUCCAUUUACUCUGCUCCACCGUGCCCUGAGCCGUCAGCAGCACGCUCACAAGCAUUUAAUGUCCGACUAUCCCAAAGAGGAGACAUGAAAUAUCUAAAAGAAGAGAGCAUCUGCAGGGAUCCUGCUCAUGAGGGGAGGCCACAGAGAGAGGAGCUGGAACAGGUGUUCUGUAAACAGCAGAUAAUUAUACUGUUGGACAGUCAACAGUGGCUGCGACACUCAGGCGGCGUCUGUGCUUUCAGGUCUGACUGAGCACCACAUUGCCUCCUUUAAGGUUCAAGAGCUCAACUGACAAACGGUGACACAACGUGUAAACAAACAAAAAGAUGAUUAAAGUCAUUCAUUCUAAAUGAACCAGGCGACAGAUGUUGAUACAUCACUUCACAAACAGUCAUAAAAGAAGAGGAGAUGCAACUUGACUUUCUAUUUCUUUUCCUUACACUUCUUAGCUCAACACAUUGUUUUAAAGGUUCAAGGUCUUUAUUUGCCAUCUUCAUGUUUUCACAUGUAAACUAAAUUAGUUUCUCAGGACCAGCAGUGCACAUAUAGGCAAAAGAAAUUAAAGAAUAAAAAUGUAUGAAUAUAGAUUUUGUUUUACAUCACACCAAAAAGGACCAAUCAAAGACAGAAAUCUGUGUUUGUAUCUGAAGUGAGAUACUUGCUUUAUAUUAUGUCCCUUUUUUAAAAACUAUUCUGUUACAUUUUGAAUUCAUCCUUUCACAUAAUAGCAUCAUUAUCAUUUUGAAUGUUUUUCCAUUAAAUAUUGAAUUAAGUC